AUGUCGGGAGGUUAUGAAGGAAGUUGGGAGGUUUUGAAGGAGGUCGGGUGUUAUGAAGAAGGACUUGUUGCGACAGAUGCAGCCUUCCACGCUUAUCAGUCACGAGUCACGUGUGCAGGGGACAAUCAGGUGAUCGUGUAUGACACAGCAACGAUAAAUCAAGGCGGAGGCUACAACGCGGCCGACGGGAUUUUCGAUGCGCCGUCGGCAGGCCUCUACCUUUUCUCCUGGACGACAGCUUCCCAGGAUGACGACUGGAUCGUCACUGAACUGAUCGUUAACGGCGCCCGCAAAGGUCUCAUUGGCACAGACACCGCCAACACCGACAUGACCCCUUGA